GAAAAAGCCAGUUCUAACCCGGCAUCUGUGGAAGUAUAACGUCAAUAUGCAGCGCAUCACUCUGUUAGUGCUCGCAGCCAUCGUGACCAUGGCGCUGGCAGAAGGCCAAUAUUACGUUCCUCGGGCAUACUACGUAAUAGACGCCGAGGGGCAUGUGUCUGCUCCAGUGCCACUGCGAAGGCUUCGUCGAUCCCUAGGUCCAUACCCCUAUCCCUACAAUGGCGGUAGCGGUGCAUCGGCAAACGCGAAUGCAAAUGCCAAUGCUGAAUCUCAAUGGGGAGGCAGUGCAACUGCUAACGCCAACGCUCGCGCUGAUGCUGGUGGUUGGAACUAUCCUUCGGGCUUCAACUACGGUUCUGCAGGUCCACAGGGCCUCAGUGCGGGAGAAACACGUCGACAGUAUGGUCCGGUGCAAGGAAGGGCGGUCAGCGCUGGAUCAUCCAUCGGUGUUGACUCCUCGGGAAAAGGAUAUUACGAUCAGUAUACAUCCGUCUCCAGUUAAAUGGUUAAUUUUUGAGAAGGAAAAAAUAUAAUAAAACCUAACACUACCGAGAUAAAUAUUUAUAUGUAUAACAGAAUUUAACUAACAUUACUAGUUGUAAUUAGUAUAAAAUCGACUUACGUUGUAAAAAUCUGGAUGGAUGCUACUUUAAAUAAUAAUAAAUAAAACAAUGUUUUAAUAUA